UAUAGGAGGGAGGAAAGAGAGGCAGAGAGGGAGCAAGUGAAACGCAACCGAGGAAGGAGCUCAUUCAGAUCUGAUGAAGACUACGGCCAACAGGUAAGAUCAUGUCUAAGUCUCAUGAUGCAUGAAGUUCAGCUGAAGACACAGAACUCAGGAGGAGCUCCUGCUUUGCUUUCAGGACUUAAAUUUUUUUUUWAAAAAAAAGAAGAAAUCCUGAAUGAGUUCUUUGUUUUCACAUCUCAGACUGGCUUUCAGGUCUGCAGUGGGUUUUGGUGCACUCUGCCUGUAAUCAGAUCCAGCAGGGGCCAUGCUGGUAAUCGGACCUGUUGUGCAAUCCCCCCGCCUGGAAUGUUGUUUCAGAGCGAAGCACCUCAGAAAUCUUAACAAACGGGGAAUCAUUUCAAACCGCUCUUUAAACCAAACUCUAAACCAUCUCUUAACAAGGCGAUGACUAAUCCACAGUUUUGACAUCAUGUUUAACUAAAACCACAAGUUCCAGUUCGUCCAGAAUGAACAUGACCAACCCCACGAUGAAGCUCCAGUUUUCUUUCCUGAUCUUCUGCCUGGUUUCCAGCAGAGGUUACUGUCUGAAACCUACGUCGUCUGGAGCCACUGAAACGCCACCAUCAUUUUAUGUUGAUUAUGAAUACGAGGACACAACCCCGGCCCCUGCACCGGGCAGAGGGUCUCUAAAGCCAGGAACCUCGCAGCACUGUGACUAUGACCCCUGUCGAGACAAUCAGACCCCCUGUAUGGACCUGUCGCUGUUGACUGGCUGCCUGUGCCGGGGCUUGACUCUGUACACCGAACUGCCGGAGGCACCCAGGAUCCAGUCCGUGUUCCAUAACGGCUCAGGAGUUCUGGUUUGGUGGUGCGCCCCGUAUUCGUACGUCACAGCAUACACGGUGACAGUGGGGGGUCUCGAGAGGCAGAGCUUCGGGGCGGGCGAAAGGAGGGCCCUGCUCGGAGAGAUAGCCGCCGAGGAAGAGGUUUGCAUCGUCUCCCGGAACGACGUGGGGAACAGCAACAGCACCUGCGAGAAGUACCGACCAAAAGGCGGCAAGCGGCCUCUGACGGGGUGGCUCAUCGGGGGGGCCGGGGGCCUCCUGCUGCUCGUCUUGCUGGCCGCCAUGCUGUGGAGGCACAGGAGGCAGAAGAAACAGGAGACCGGCGACGUGUGAACGGAGACGAGGGCAGAAAACACUGAAUGUGAGACAGAGACUUUCUGCAAACUGGAGCAAAUCAGCUGAUUAUUACAGAAAAAAAUGAGCUGCAAACCCUCAAUGUGCUCAGGGAAAACAAAAAGUCAACACAAACUGAAUGGAAAAAACAAGACGAAUAAAAAGCAAACACAUUUUAGAGGAUUAAACAACACACAUGGAUCUGCUUACUGGUUAGAAUAAAAACAUUCAGCUACACACCCAAAGGGUGAUUCAAGACAUUUUWAAAUAAUUCUUAUUCUGCCUUUUAGCACAAAAUCAUGCAAAAAGAAAACAAUAAAAAAAACUUUUCGGAGAUGGGCACAGAUGUGGAGCUGGUGCUGGAACAUAUAUUUAACUUAAACCAAUUUAACGAAAAAAAAACGUGUCUUCUUAAAGCUCUCUGUGAGAGUGUUCAUUGUUUCGUAUUUAACUGAAGCCCAUCUGGACUGAAUGUAACAUUAGAGAUGAAUAAAAACAGAAUGACCUGUUGUGUUUUUUUAUUUGGGUGKUUAUGUUCAGACUGUUGGCUCUUUCAGCCGUGGUGUUUGUUCGAUAUUAAAUCUGAUCAUUAAAGCGAAGUGAAACAUUG